AUGACAGCAGAGGACUUAAAUGAGCAACUAGAAGUUUAUCUGAAUAUCCUCGACGUUUGUUAUAAUCCACCGAAAUACAAAAAUAACCAUAAGAGCGCUGUUACUAAAAUAUCUGAAGAAGAGUGGCAAACGUUAAUUGAAGAUGAAACAACACCGAGCUGGUCCAUCAACCUUAUAUUUACAAAAUCCGACUCAGAACCUUAUUACACUGCAAAGCUUGAGCAAACUGCUUUAUCCCAAUUCAUGGCGUUUGAUAGUUUUCAAAAGGAAAUGACAGAAACACUCAAGACUUUUUUGGAAGAGGUCUCUCCUUUUUAUACGUUGUACACCCUUUUAAAAGAAAAAGUCAGUGAGUGGAGGGAAAAGCACCAAACGCCAACAAGUGUGUUAGACAGAUUAGAACGAUUUGACGAAAUUCCCGUUAUCGACACAUCACAAGAAAUUCGCACCUCGAAAAAUUACACGGAGUGCGUCACCAUAUGGAAAGACUUCCACUAUAACACAAUACGGAUUUCGACAACACUCAACUCGUUUUCACUGAUCGAGAAAAUUGUCGAAAUACUGAAGAGCACCAACUCGAAAUAUAUAGAGCAGUACACAACAAUGAGAAUCUAUAAUGACGAGGUGUGGAUUAUGAGACGAAGUGUCGGGUCUUCACUCUUCGAUGAUAUUUUUAAGAUGGACGACGUCGCAACACCAAUUCGUCAGGUAUUAAAAGGGUUACAAUACUUAUAUGUGCAUGGCCUAUUUCACGGCAAAAUAACGAAGAACUGUGUUAUUCUGUCGAGUACAAAAAGUGUUGUUUUGGCGGACUUCUGUGUGUUGUAUUUGCUUGAUGGAAACUGCUUUCCUGAAACCGAGCAGAUGUCUCUUUUGAUUUUGAAAAAGGACUUGUGCGAUUUGGCGGCUUUACUUGAAAACAAUUUGGCUGGAGUUAACCCAAGCGUUCAACUCACUUCAUUCAUUCAAAGCUUGAAAACACACGAAUCCAUUGAAUUAAGUUCUUUAAUAAAAAGUUCAGGACUUAUUCCUUCAAGGAGUUCGUGUUCGACGAAAUUUGAGUUAGACGGCGAAUAUGAAGAAGUCAAAUCGAUAUCAAAGGAAAUAGGGUUUUCAGCAUAUUACAGACAAUGCGAUGGGCAGUUUUAUUGUUUUCAAGAUAUCGAUUUGUCUGCUAUGCAAACACACGUGAUUUCUGAAGUCAAGACGAGACUCUCAAGGUUCUGCCAAGUGCACUCGAAGUACUUUCAAUACUACUUUUUUAGUCAACCGACGUUAAUGGUUCGUAUGUCUAUUAGUGAAACCCCCCUCUGUUCAUUCUUUCAAGACACUAAACAGUGUAGCUCAAAGAACACAAUCCGAGAAAUGUACUUCAAAAUAGUGAGUGCCAUUUAUAAUCUCCACAAACAGAACAUCGGACAUGGUGCACUUUCAUUGAAACACAUUUUUAUCAAAGACAACGACAUUCGACUCGCUUUUUUUGAUUUAGUCUCGGCGCAGUCUGUAGUUGUUCUAAAAGACAUUUCCGCUUUGAAAAGACUAUUUCUACUCUUUGGAUGCUUCUUCAUGCAAAUUCCAUUUCCAAAGGAAACUGAAACAGACAGAACAGUUCUUCGUAUGCAAAGUGUCUUUCAAGAGACUCAAAACAUUAUGAAAGCUAAGACCUCGGAAGAGAUCUUUUCGUAUGUGUUGUGUUCCGAUCAAAAGUCUCGACAAAUUCUGACGACUUUACUCAAACAGCAACCAUAUCUCUUUACCGUGUCAGAGUACUUCACUCAACAAAAACUGUGCUGUGAACCUAUUAAUGAGUUCAAACCAUUUUUAACUUCAAUUGACGAUCUAUUUCUUCAAAAUACCGUAUUUAUAGCUGGCGACAAUAUUAAACCAACCCCACUGUAUAAAUCAAAGAACCUCUUUUUAUCGUCGAAUGGGUGCUUAUACAAGUUUGUCAUAUCAACAUCUUCUGUUAUCUGCGAAGACCAAUCGUCAUUCAUUUUCUCACCAUUUUUCAAAGAGAAGUCGUACGGAAUACAACUGUCGUGCACAAAUAGUGACAGAAACUACUUUUCAGAUGUACUGAUGAAAACGUUAUUUUUGUCGCGUUCAAUCCUUUCAAUGACGGAUGGCGUGGCAUACGCUUUGCAUUAUAACUUCCCGGGAUACUUAAUAGAGUUGGCUAAAGUGUUUAAAAUCAAUUUUAAUCCCCAUGAACCGUAUCAAUAUUUGUAUUCACAACUGACUCGACUCUCCGUGACUCAACCGAUUUUGAAAAACAUUUUGAAAAUGAAUGAAACAAAACAGUUGUUGGAGUACAUGAGAGGAUUUCCUUUCUUAAAAACACUGAGAGAGACAAUUACUGAAAAUAGAAUAUCGUCCCUGCUCAACAACGAUGAAAGCUUCUUGUGUUUUGAUGUCUUCUGUGAAGAGUGUAAAAGCGUAUCGUCAUGUCCGCACAGCUUCUUGUGUUCUAUAACCAACUUGAAUGAUGGGAAAGUAGUUGGUUUUGCCUCAAUGGUCGAUACUCCUUUUGAGCAAGAACGUGAGAACAACAUCUUUGGACCACUCGAGUCGAAAGGGGAGACCCAACCCCUCAAAUUUAAGAGUGAAGGAGUUAGAGAGUCUCUCGAAGCUUCACACUCGAGUGGACACUUCUCUUCAUUUAAAGAAGACUCUGGGCUGAAUAAAGUGAAGAGUACUUCAUCAAGGAAAAUAGAGAAAGGGAAGGAGAUGGAAGACAAAGAAAUUAAAGAAGACAAAGGGUCCCAUUGUUCUGUCGGGUCCACUCCAUUGUCUGGGAUGUUCUAUCAAUCGAAGGUGAAGAGUGACGACUCGAUGUCUUUUGUGUGUGAUUUGGUGAUCAAUGGCGUCCAACCAAUCCAACACGCCUCUCCAAAAAUUAACGUGUUGGUUGUUGUCCAACAAAAGAAGUCUGAACCCCUCAAGUUGGUGCAAGCACUUCGAAAAGACGGAUAUGUCACUGUUAUGGUCUACAAAGAAAAUUUGAUGGUAGAAGAUAUUGACGUAUUAUCUAAACAAUACAACACUGAGUGGACUAUUGUAUAUAACGAUGGAUUAAAGCUCUUAGAGAACGGCAAACUGAGUGAAAGGAAGACUCUUACCGAUGUCAUGAUAUCCGUGAAGAGUGGGAAGAAGUAUGAGGUAGUGACUUAUAUGUAUAACAAAGUCGAUAUGAUGGGGAUGAUGCUGAAAGAAGACACUGCAAAUGCACUUGAGGAAAAGGUGUAUGUGACUGUCAUUUCAUUUGAGACGGAAGACGUAUUUAACUCAACAAGUGCGGAGAUAGUGUCGGGCUUUGAGAACGCGCGUUACAUGUCUGGUAACGACAAGAUCCUUGUGAUACUUAAGAAUUAUGACCAUCAGUAUGUCAAUCUAGUGGUGAAUACAAAACAAUUGAAGGAAAAGGGGAAGAAGAAGAAAUGA